ACGUGCCCAGUGCGAGCCGUCCCCACGCUCCGAGCAGCCACACGCGCGGACAAGCACUGCCUGCCCGAAGACAGUUUAAUCAGUGAGUGUGUCGUCAUGGAGAGCAAGGCCAAGCGCGCCCGCCAGAGCGCGGCGGCGCGGGGGACGUGCAGCGACGGCGGCAGCGAGGGGGAGGGCUCGGAGCGCGGCAAGAGCGACGUGGGCCGCAUGGUGGACUCGUCGCAGGCAGACGACCGGCGGCUGAUCCGGCUGGUGCGCGAGCGGCGCCUGCUGUACGCGCGCAACAACAUGCCCGUCGCCAGCUACUACACGCAGGUCAAGAACCUGUGGGACGACGUCGCCAGGAGCAUGGGCUGGAGCGUGGCCGACGUGCGGCGCAAGUGGUCGCACAUCCGCAACUCGUACUCGCGGCACUUGCGCAACGAGAUGCACGGCACCUGCACCAGCCGCGGCCGCAUGGUGUCGCGCUGGUACCUCGCCGACGAGUUGGAGUUCCUGCGCGAGCACAUGGCCACUGACAUGCGGCCGACGUCGUUCUCGUCGUUCUCGCCCACCAUGGUGGACAUGGAGCUGCCGGACAGCGCGCCGGAGAGCGUGGACGUGAAGCCGUUCCUGCAGAGCCCGUGGUUCCAGAUGGGCGCGCGCGCGGACGCGGGCCCGCCGCCCUCCGCCCUCAACGACGACAGCUGCAGCUCCGCCUUCGGGCCCGAGGAGACGUCCUCCUACUUCCAGUUCUUCCGCGGCAUCUACAACGACUACCAGGAGCUGCCGGCCCGCAAGCAGAGGCUCUUCAAGCGCAACUGCCUGAACAUGCUGCACGACCUGCUGGACGCGGAGGAGGGCAGCCACAUCUCCAUAGUGAACGCCUACCACCAGGAGAGCGUCCUGAACCUGUCCAACUCGGGCCACGGCAGCGAGGACGACCGCGACAAGAAGCCCAACAUCGACGAGUGCUACAUCCUGCCCAACAGCACCUAGUGGCCGCUGCGCCACGGGCGGCCAUUCCUUGAACGAUACCACUAUGCCUCCUCGUACUCGUGAUUCGUGCUCUAGACGGUCAGCACAAACAUCGCUCUCUCCGUGGUGAUUUUCUACCGGUUACAGUUUUUAUUCAAAACAUUACUCACCGACGGGUCGAGAGUAUAUUAGUACUCCGGUGUAGGUUCCCGGCAUGCGGUGCCGCGUGUUUCAAGUUUGUUGCAAUUAUGAGUAGAUUGUCAUUGCAAGUCAAAUUACGAGAAUUAAGAAGUGAGAAGAAUUGUGAAUGUUCCAGCAAGAGUGUAAUGCGUUACGUGCUCACUAUGGUGGUGUGUUAGUGUAUACGUUGCCUCGGUAGCUACGAGCGCAACCAGAUGUCGUGUUCGUGUCAGUAACAUCGGCAGGUUCUGCUCGGUCACCGGGCAGUACAGCGCUAGUGUAAUAGACAAUUAUGUUUUAUGCUGCUCACUAGUUUCCCUUGUGUAUGCAUACAUGUGUAAGAUAUUAUUAAUGUGUCGAUGUCGAGGAGUAAGUUCCUACAGUUAAUUGUAAUGAAGGUGACAACUAAUUCUAAAUAAUUCUAGGCUCUAACACCUGUUACUAACACACGACUGGCUGUUCUUAGACAAAUUACUGUUUGUCCUCAUUCGAAGCGCUACAUCUGACAUUCGAGUGGCUCAGGAACUAAUAAACUGUUUUAGAAAUGGAUACUAAUUCUAGUUCCUUGGACUUUCGUGUAACAGCGUCGCACUUGUAGCUCCAAAAUGACUGCAAUCAAGACUGAAGUGCUAGUAAUGGAGGUCAGUCAUAAUAAGGUUCGACGACCUCUCUAGCGCAGCGGUCCGCCCUGUGCUCUGAAGUGGAAGGUCCUGAAUUCGAUUCGUCAGAAAUUAUUAAUUCCUGAAUUUUCUCUGGUCUGGUCUGCGGGGAGGCUCUGGCCAGGGCUAGUUACUGUCGUGCCGCUAAGUGAUUUAGCGUUCCGGUAUUAGUCCCCGUAGAAACUGAUGAGGGAGUUUAAUAUAACUGCCUUCCCUAACAGGUUAGCCCGCUUUUUAGUUAAGAUUGCUGUUGAGGGCUAUUUAUGUGUAAUAAUCAAUUAGGCAGGAGGUACGGUGUCCUCAUUUGUGCGCUUUGAUCUCGAAUUCUAUAAUCACCUUGCGAGUAGUGCAUUGAUUCUUUGUUUUUUAGUUAUCUUCUGUUAAUUACUUUUUCAUUACGCUCAAUAAUUGCGAUAUGAAUAAAAACAGCGACUUUAAACAACAUAAAGACGAAAGCGCAUUAAUGCGGACAUUAUUUAAAAGAGUAUCACUCGUCCUUUCCAUUUUCACGUUAAGUGAAAACAAGAUUCAAAACGCUUUGCGACUGAUUGAGUUAGCAGCGCGUUCUGAAGCGUCUGGUGCGGUGAGCGGAAACGCCGCUCGCGCGAAAAAACACCUGUCGAAGAAAAGAUAAUUAAAUUAUUUUCAGAUAA